UAAAAUAUUUCGUUACAAAUAGAACACGAAUUAUUCGCAUAUACAAAAACAUUGAAGAUGGCGGCUCAUCUAGCAGCUCUUCUCGUAAUUUCGUCGCUUCUUAAUGGUUUCGGGGCUGCGGACACCUCCACCCUCCCCCCCGGGGCCCCCGACCGGACAUACGUAGCCUACGCGGCGGACGGUCUGGCCAUCGUGGGGGCAGCAGCCCGAGAACCUGUCGGGCCUCCUAGCAGGGCGGCUUUUGUGGCCAACAUCACUGCGAAUACCACGGAUACAACGGCUCUAACUGCUCCGGCGACCGUAGCCGAACUCUUCAACAAAUUCCUGUACAACCCUGCGAGCGAAUAUAUCAGCAACCUAACCGCAAAGUUCCCGCAGUCUUCAAUAUAUAACAUUUUACUCGAACACCAAUACAUUAAUUUAAACAACUUCUGGAACAGCACCGAGGGCGGAGUCUUAAGACGCCUGGCGUCCGUAGUGCAGCUACCAACUGAUAAACUGCAGGAUAUAGAGGUCUUCAUUACGACCACAGCACAGGAUAUACCCAGGGUCCUGGAAGGAGCGGGACAGAAUGUGAACAAGUUUGUCGAGGAACUAGGCGCUAACCUUAUGCCCGAUACUAUGGGGAAUCUGAUGCAUGCAAUGCCAUGGAUGCAUUAAGAAACUAACGAAUUUUCCUAAUUUUUUCGGCCAAAACUCUUCAGUUCUUAUCGAUCGGUUUCCUUUUUAUCUCGUGCUUGAAGCCUACCUACAGAAAAGGCUCCAGUCGUUGGCUGAAGUGAACGAAUGAAAAAUAAAAAUUGUUUAUCAAGGGCUCAUUGGUAUUUAAAACGAAAUGUUAAUGAGAUUUGAAACUCCGGCUGAAAUGAAUUUUAUCGCAAGGUAUCCUUUUUAGCUCGUGUUUGAAUCCUGCCUAAAAAAUGUUCCGUUAUUUGGCUAAGUGAACGAAUGCAACAGUUUCCACUUAGGCUUAUUAGUAUUUCGAAGGAAACGUUAAUGCGAUUUGAAACUUCAGAAGUUUAUCCAUCUAAUAAAUUUGUCAAGUUGGGUUCUCAAUUUCUGAGCUUUUGUUAGAAGAAUAGACUAUUUUAUUAAAGUUCAUGCUUCUUACAAAGAUUGCAGAAGUUUUUAUAUUACAGCCAGAAUAAUCAAUAAAAUAUAUUUUAAUCUUC